CGAGAAGGAACAGCUGAAUCCCAGAGCAGUGCACAGUCUGUAAGGACUGUUCAGGCUGAAUGUUCGGAAUCCUGCUCUAUUUGGAAAAAGAGUGUCCUAAGAAAACAGGAAAGUUGCGGAAAUGCCUCACCUGAACUUUUCAGACGAGAUUCAUAUUGACUUCCCGAUGUAAACGGAUUUUCUUUUUGUUUUUCUUUUUUUUCGCGCCGAACAAGGAAACUGAGGGAUCCUCAAGUUUAACAGGUGGGUGAUGUCAUCUGGUCGUGAGUCUGUGGGGGACCUGGUUCCUCCAGAUAUGCUGCAGGUGUUCACUGAGCGGCAGGGGGGCAGGGGAAAACGUGGCAGGCGACGGGCUGGAUCCUUCAGCCGCGCGUUCAAGUGGUUAAAGAGCCAGCGCAGAAAAACUCGCCGACACACGUCAGUAAAACGUGGAGACCUGCUCGCACAUGGAUCACCUGUAGAGUUACCAAAAUCUACACUUAACACAGGCCAUAAAGACGAAGUUGUGGGCUCUGUUUCCCUCCAAGAGUUCCAGGAAAAUGUGUUUGUGGAGGGGAAUCGACCUAAGCAUCUGUUGGACCUGCAUACAGAGGCCCAGCAGGGCUUGAAACUGCUCCAGCAGGAGGAUGAUAAGAAUGGGAUAGACUUCCCUGAUGAUCAAAGUAUGAUUUCAACAGUAACAGUUCAGACUGAAGUCAGCAUGAGUUUCAGUGAGCUGAGAGGUUUUGAGUCUGAGAGCACAGCUGGUGACACUGUUUCGACACGCUCCACUAUCUCCACACGAUCAACACGCUCUGGACUCAGACGUCAAGCCUCAACUUUCAGUCCUUUGAAGCCGGAUAAGUCUCAAGAGAAGCCCAAAUCACGUAGGAAACAUGCUAGAACACUCGUGGGAAUUCCACGACACAUCCAGAAAGAACUGGGUUUAGACCGGGCAGCAUGGAUUACCACCCAUUCUCUUGAUGAUCAGCUGUCCAAUGGAGGUGUUAACCUACCCUCCAUCAUUUCCUCUGUGGAUGGUGGAUCCACCAGCUCUGAACAAUACAGUGUACAAGGCAAUCUUCAGGAAGCAGAGCUCCCCAUACUGGUCAAACACAAAGAUGACAUUACAUUCCAAUGGCUAAUGAACCACCCUACAGAUCCGGACAGACCCGGAGUAGGCCCACUAGCUCUUCCUUGGUUACCCACAUCAGGAAUCUCAUCAGAAAAUGCAUCCAGUGCAGUGAUGUCUAUCUCACCUCAGGCCACAUACUUGUCUAAAAUCAUUCCAAAUGCUGUACUUCCCCCAUCUGUGGACGUUGUGGAACUCAGUCGCAAUCAUAGUCGUAGCAGUGUCCGAACCAUUAGUAAAAGCAGCCUGGUGUCAGCCAGUCCAGCAUCCACCCGAGCUUCUUCCAGAGCUUCCUCCAGAGUUUCUUCCAGAGCUUCCUCCAGAGUUUCUUCCAGAGCUUCCUCCAGAGUCUCUUCAAAUCGUUCCACAAUCCGCUCAAACUGCUCUAGCUGGAGUCAAUCAGGAUCCUCAGAAACGUUAGUGUCAGAUUCCUCCACCCUCUCCAGCAGUAGCACUCCCCGUGUGGCCAGCAGAGGAAGUGAGGUUGAAAACACAGAUAGAGCAGCUAAACUAAACAUUGCCUUCAAAGCAACUCAUGUGAAUGGGGACACUACAGAUGAGAAAGACAGCAAAAAGACAGGCUCUGCUGGGGCUUUUUCACAUAGUCUAUCAGUAAUGAAAAGAAGCAAGAGACCUCCAGCUCCACCCAGAAGGUCAUACUCUUUACACAACAGCAAACAGAGCAGAUCGAAGGGUCCUUACUUGUGUGAUGUCAGCACUCUGGAUGGAUCAUCAAACUCUGUUGUCAUUUCCACACCAUAUCCUAUCAAUGGGGAAAGUGAAAUUGGUGCAGAUGAGUCCAAAUCCACUGACUCUAAAUUGAAGGCUGGGACACAUAUAUUGAAUGGCCACAUAAUUCUCCCAUCAAAGGAGAUCCAAAUAGUCAGCACAGACAGCAAAAAAAACAUGCCAGAGAAGCUUAAGAUGAGAAAUGACUUACAAAUGUCUUCUGUCAGCUCACCCUAUUCAUUCACAAAUAGAACCAGUAAGCUUGCUCAGCAGAAGGAUUCCCUUUUGUCUGCAAAAUGUUUAAAUAUUGACAACACUCCCUCCCCAGUUUCGAGGACUCUCAGGUCUCUGUUUGACAUUCCAGCCCAUCCCAAAGUACUGGCUCCCCCAGCGCCCCCUCCAGAGACCUGGGCUCAUAACCAGCGCACCUUUGAACUGCUAUGUGGCCCUGGACCUGUUAAUUAUGAACACUGGGCCAAAAAGAGAGGUCUUAAAAUUGUAGAUGAACCAGACCAUAGGGCCUCAGUGAAUGCGCAUAAUGAAGUAAAAGUACCAUCCAUGCUGCCUCCAGUACAGCUAAAAAGCAAAGUUGAAACAUUAACCACAGACUUUGUCCUCUCCACUUCUCCAUCACCUCCCCCAGAUCAUCAUCCACCAAUACCAAUUUCAAGCCAAGCCAAACCACCUCCAGAUACUGUUCCUUCAGUCUCUAUCCCAGCUGUCAAAGACAUAAAACACCCAACUUCUUGGAUCCCUCCGCCGCCUCUGUUUCCUGCUCCUGCCCCUCCAGUAGACCCAGCUUUUGCAACUUCUGUUGCUGUGCAAAAUGAGACUAGCUCUCCUCCACAACCCCCUCCAUUUUCAAAGACUUUACAGACAAUAGCUCAGGUGCCACCAGAUGUUCCACUUCCACCACCGCAAGAAGUUCCACAACCUCCACCGCAAGAUGUUCCACAACCUCCACCGCAAGAAGUUCCACCUCUACCACCACCAGAAGAAGUUCCACCUCCAACAUCUUCACAAGAAGUUCCACCUCCAUUAUCACUAAAUGUUCCAACUCCACCACCACAAGAAGUCCCCCCUUCAACAACAGAGUCAGCAUCACUUCUUGCACCACAGGAAAUCCCACCCCCUCCACCAGAAGUCCAACCUCCAAAACAGAGCUUAACAUCAGCUCUGUCUUCUGGUCACCAACUGAAUGUUCCAAGACCACCUUCGCUGCCCACUGAUGUCAAGAUAAAGGCCAGACUAACUACCACAGAUAAAGAGGCGAAACAUCCAAGCAGUCCCACUAUGGCCAAGGAGGAGACAUCUGGUCCCGUGGUCACCCAGUUUCUUCUACAGACGGUUCGUCUUAGGUCAGUUAAGUCCAGUCAGAGCCAGGCUGUAGAUCCUGAGAAACCUUCACCCCCCAAACAAAAAUCAGGUGUUAGUCAAGAUGCACCUCCAAAACCAGUCAGGCGAUCUUUGAUUAUCACAUCACUGCCCCCUGAGCUGGAAGCUCUGUCUAGCACAGAGCCAAAAAGUGAAGUUCUGUCCCCCCACAAAAAUCAAACCAUUGCAUCAAACACUCAGCAAGAAUUAACUGAACCAAAGACUCAAUCAGUUAACAUUGUUCAGAAAAUGCAAACCACAAGCCUUGAGCCAACAUGCUCAUUAGCUAGAUAUACACUCUCUGAUCCAAAUAACAAGCCAGCUCCUGCUGUACCAACAAAUAAACAUCUCUGUGCUGAACCAGAGGUAAAACCAAAUACCCUUGUGGAACAAAUCCAACCUAUGGCAUCUGAACCUGCAACCCUGCUAAGCACAAAUGCAGUGGACCAGUCAGUUAUCGGUGAGCCAAAGAUUCAAUCUGAUGCACAAGAAGACAACAAAACCCCUGAUAAAUCAGACCCUAUUGAAAUACCAUUGAAAUCAGAUGUUAAUGAACCAAAAACCCAAACACCCAGUCCUAAUCUCUCUGCUAUCUCUCCUGCACCUCCCUUAGUUUUGGCGCCAACUAAUCCCUCAAUGCGUCUCCAGGACGCUAUUCGUCUAAAGGCUGCAGCUAUGUCUUCAAAAGACAGCCAAGCCAAAUGCCUUGGUCUGUGUCCCCCUCCCCCAGCCGUAGGUGGCAGCACUGCACCCUCCUCUCCUGCAUCUAUGGCCAGCUUUAUUUUCUCCAAAAAUACAAAGAAGGUUGUAAUAGAGACAUCAUCAUCCCCAAAUGUUCAGGCUGACCUGAGUAAGACUCUGGUGGCAGAGCUAGCUUCUGUCUCUGAUUUGGCUAAGUCUAGUGACUCAAACAAGAUGACGAACAAAGUUCCUCCUCCUGUUGCUAAGAAACUCAAAGCAAUGGUUGAGAGUGUCGCACAGAACUGUGCAGAGGCUGAGUUUAUAGCUGACACUGGAAAUGUGCAAUCAGAGACUGUACAAACUGCCGGACAGGAAGUACAGACAGAGACCUCUGAGGUCCCAGCAAAUUAAUGAGUCAAUGAAUGAUUGAUUGAUUGAUUGAUUAACUCUUGAGUUUUUGCUUUUUCGCAAACAAAACUAGGCUUUGGGUGUCAAGACCAAACUAUUUAGCUGAUUUAAAAAAAAAAAAAGUUAAGCAAUUUUGAAAAAAUACCAAAAAAGUCUGUACAGAUAUGCAUAUUGCACUUUUUGUACACUGGUUUAGUGUAACUGAUUCCCAUUCAUCAUGGGAUUGCCAAUGGUAUUUGAAUGUCACUGGUAUUUGGGCUUGGUAUUAUAGAUAUUCAUGGAUUGAUAAAUAUUCAUACUUUAUUUAUAUGUGUCCUCAGUACUAGACAGAUGACAUGCUACCUUCCAGUUGAUUAAAACUUGUCUAUUGUCACUAUUGUCCAUUAGGAAGCACUGUAAGAAUCGCAAUGAUGCAGUAAGCAGGGAUCAUUUCCACCAUGAGAAGGCAAUUACAGUUUGUUAUGACCAACUAAACUCUGUGGUUGAAUUUGACAUAGGAAGCCCACCUGGCAUUUGUGUAUGCAUGAAUAUAAGAGCAGUAUAAAAUGAAAUGGGUAAAAAAAUUAAGUGAAAGGAAAUAAUUAAAUAAAAGAACAGCAAUGUAAAGAGAGCAGAAAGAUGGGUGCAUCUGCCAAUGAUUUUGGGCCGUAGUAUAAUUUUUAUUUUGUAUUUACAACACUGUUGUCUGUAAUUAAUUUAUAAGCCCAGUUUACUUUUAAAACACAAGAUUUGUAAAGAUAUACUGUAUAUAUAAAGAUUGUAAUGUGUCCUGCUCUCUAUUGGAAUGUAAAAGUAUGUGUAAGAGAAAAAGAAGGAUGAAUGAAGCAGACACAGUCUUUUCUCACAUAAUCGUGAGUGUGCAAGUAUAGAGCCGAGCAGGUGGUCAGAAAAUCAUGUUACAGCUAAUGAGCUUCAGCAAAAGGUUUAAAAUCGUAUCUCUGUUUUAUUAAUGUUGGUUUAAUUUGUUUUUAUUUUCCUAAAGAAGUUUGUUAGUUUAUAGAGUCAAUGUACAUUACUGUAUGGACUGGACAAAUAGAAAGAAAAUGAUUGUUUGCCUUUAAAAUAUGAAAUUUGUCCUAUGCACUAUUCUUACCUUUUUUUAAUGUUUCUUUAAUUUCAGUUAUCUUUUCUGUUUUUGACUGAUUAUAGUCUCUUACUAAGGAGAACAUUCUUAUUUACAUAUUGUUUCAAAACAGAUUCUGUACAAAAGAUUCAAGUUUAUAAAUUGUGAUUAACAAUGUUUCAUCAUAUGACAAGAGUAAAGACUGUAAACAAAGUUAAUGAAUUAGCUUCAUGAUCACUCAUUUCCUGAUUUUUAUCAGGUACUGCUAAAUGUAUUUCAAAUGAUUUAGCACUAUAACAGGCUUAAAGUCAAAUGGGCUUUAAGGACUGGUAUGAGAUAUUAGGAUGGUUGUAGAUUAGUUGUUAAAACUUGGACCAGUAGUGCAAAUAAAUGUCUCUGUAAAGCUCUCUGUAGUGACUGUGAAAAUAAUCCAAAUCGUCACAUGACAGCGGAGGUGAAAUUACUUUGAGGUCCAAAAAGUAGUCUCACAUUAGCAUAAAGAUCACUAUGCAGCUAAUUCUGGCCAAGAACAGUCAGUUUACACAAAGUAUUGUUGGAAUUCUGUAUUGGUUGGGGCGGGUAAAUCUGAAAUUGUAGAAGUUGAAAUUGAUGAUACCACAAAAAAUGUCCACUAGAGGGAGGCAUUUUCUUCUUAAAGGUGCACUCAUUAAUUUUUUCCCCAAUAAAUUUUUUAUUCCUAAAU